AUCAGGCAACCUCCUUUUGUUUGAUUCCGUGCAAAAGUACCCGUAAAUCCCAUCAGGCAACCUCCUCUGGUUCGAGGAGCCAAGCCUUCUUUUCUAUUAGUUCAACAUCUGCUGCUACGUAAAUGUGGGUCGAGUCCUAAGAACCGAAUACAAAUUAGGGCUUUUAUUAGUUGGGGAUUUCAUUUCUCUCUGUUUCUUUUAUUUCUUCCAUUGAAGUUCGUUCUUCUUGCGAUUGAAUCUACUCGUUCCUUGAAAACUCUAAUUGAUUGAUCAGUCUGGGGGAAAUGUCUUUCAAAUCAGGGGAUACGAUUACCAAAGUGCUGAAAAAAGUUGGGGCAGACAAAUUAGGAAAAGGAGUAAAUGAAACAGUGAAGAAAUUUACACCAAGUAAUAGUAGUAAGAUUACAAUGGGAAGAGCUAAAAGAGGUCUUUAUGGUGGUGUGCAUAUUAAAUUUGGUGAUCAAGUUAGUGAAGAUGGUGGUAACAGGACAAGGCGAACAUGGAAACCAAACGUACAGGAAAAACGACUCUUCAGCUACAUACUUGAUCGUCAUGUUCGUGUCAAGGUCACCACACAUGCACUACGGUGCAUUGACAAGGCAGGAGGGGUUGAUGAGUACCUACUGAAAACUCCAUACCAGAAGAUGGACACAGAGAUAGGUUCUUACUGGAAAUCUACAAUUGAAAAGAUGUAUGAAGAACUGGAAAUCUACAAUUGAAAAGAUGUAUGAAGAACGUGGGCAAAUGGACAUAAGAUUUUUCUCGCCCGAGGAAAAAGCUCUUAGGGAAGCAAGAAGAAAGGGAUACAACGGACCAGGACAACAAAAUAAAAUCACGGAAGAAAUCUCAGACCUUCGUUUGUCCGAGAAAGAAAGUAGUGAGGUUCUCGCAGAUAGUGAUGUGCGCGAGCUGCUGGUUGCUCAGCUUUGAAAGUUAGUCUGGGAAAACAAGAGGAAUAAACCUAGGCUGAUAAUUGAACAUUUUUAGGUGAUUCUAGUACCUCUAUUCGCCAUGAAGGAGGUUGUGUUUGUUUUACUUUGAUGUAUUGAUCGGCACUAAGAUUAACCUUUGUGGGUGGUCUAUUUUUGAUGACUAAACAUUCACGUUUUUUCAUUUUUGUUGCUCGUAGAGGAGUCUGUCUGAUAAUAGUUAGAUAUUUCAAAUAAUCUAUAUUUUAAGGAGACACUACAGUUGUA